CUCUGUAAUAGUUUGACUGUUUAUUACUCAUUCUGUGGUGUUUGCUUGGAGAUCCUUUCUUCUGUUUAGACUGGCCGACAGGCUUGUGAGUGUCUAUGUGGUUUGUUUAAGGCCAGUCAAUAUUGCAGACGGGUGUGAACCCCAGAAAAGUCUUAAGAACCCCAACAUGUGAGAGGACUGUAAGAAGCACAGAAGGCAGGAGAAGAGUGUAAAGAAAGAGGAGAGGAGGUCAGUCAAAGGAGACAAAUAUAAUUUAGAAGGAUGCAGGAACCACAAGACUCCAAAGAAAUUCAGUUCAUGUUAGGUGUGUACAUGCUGAGUGUGGAAGUUAGUCACAUCCACAGUCCACAUCCUGCCGGAUUCUAACUGUAAUAAAAGCUUAUCGGGAUCAGUCUGUAUAAGUUAUGUUUUCCCUCCUGUCCAUAAUUUAUGACGACUCCAUCUGCUGUUUACAUCACGUUAGAUUUGUUGUCUGCUCAGCGCAGAAGCACGUGUUAGCAUGCCCUUUCUUCCUCCAGCCUGUAAUCGGCUUAGUGUGAUGAAGGUUUACACGCUCCCGUUAGUAUGAAAUGAAUAGGCUUGGAGAUUUGAGUCUUUACCUUGUGUUAAAAUGAUGCUUCCUCUCAUUUCUAAAGCAAUCAUUAAUGUGUCUGACCAUGUGUGCAGCCAAUUUCACAGAGCAGUCCCUCUUGAAACAUACAAUAAUGAGCUCACUGAACAGUGAUUCGCCACUAUAACAUAUACAGUGGAGUGCCGUGUUGCUAUGUUGUAGUCUCUGUUAUACAAUAAACAGGAUUUUUGUCUUUUGUAAAAUUUACAUUUGCAUACGUUUACAUAGAGCAGAGACCUAAAAAUGUUAAUCUGUUAGUUAAUUAGGUGGCAGCUAAUUUUUUUCAGGGUAUUUUUAUUGUGAGUUUCCUAAUUUUCAGUCAUAUUCUAUAUAAAUGGGCUGGUAUAGCACUUUCCUACUCACUCUGAGCACUGAAAAUGCUUUCCAUAAUUUUGCCAUAAUUUCCUUAGGGAUUAUUAAAGUAUUCUGAUUCUAAGCAAUUACACACACACAUAUAUAUGUGUAUAUAUAUGUAAGAUGCUCACAUCAGCCACACAGAUCUGGUUGUGAGCGCAACAGCCUCACCCACCUGGAGUUCAAAUGUUCUUUUAGUGAGGGACAGCCAAUCAGAAGAAACCUGGAUUCAAAGGGGUGGGGUGGCCUCAUGGGGGAUUUAUGUUCCCACGUUGAUAGUUGGGCCUGUAAAGCAUAGGAUCAGGACCUUUAACCUUCAGAAGUCUAAAGCCUUGAUUUUCCUCCACUGCAGACAGCUGGAGACCUGAUUGCAGAGUAGUCAUUUCUGUUAUAUUUCUUUGAAGUCCACCACCCGGGGAGCAUGUGUAGUUUGUCCAUUGUAACGGAAAUUCUCCGCAGACAAGUCUAUGUGGUCACAAAAACCAAGGAAGCAUGUGGUCCGCACGGACCCUCAUCGCCCAAUGACAAAAUUUACAUAACUCAGACCCUCUAAUGGACUUGCAAAUAUAGAAAGUAUAAUCAUCAAAGAAAACCCUAACGCUAGCCCUACCUCUAAUUCCAGGCAAGCAGAUUUUUUGUUGAGCUGGAAAUCAGGGAACAAAGAAAACCUCAGAAUAUGAGAUUAGAGUAUGGGUAGGGCUAGCAUCAACACCUAUGAUGAUUUACAGUUCAGAGGGUUAAAUGGGAAGGGUUAACAAGCUUGUUUCAGGUAGAAGAUGACCUGAGGGGCUGCAUUAUUGUCCAAUAUGUAAUAAAGAUGAACUGAAUCAAACAUAUUUUAUGGUCAAAUUAUUGUCAGUAUCCAUAGUUUUUUCAGUUUUUAUGAUUUGUACACAAACAGAUUUGAGAAAAAGACAAACAGAUUGCAGCCCAAAUUCACUCUCCCAUUUAAAAUGGUUAAAUAGUGCAUGGAUCUCAAUGUUCCCUCACAUUAGGUUCAUCUUUUAUUUCUGGCUGGAAAAUGAAUCAUUUGUAUUUAAAGGUUUAAAAGUGAACCAUUUUGAACUACAUCUGUUUGCAACAGGCAGUCAUGAGCAGCAGUGCAACCCACACGCACUGCAGCUGUUUGGGACUUCUGUACUGGUAACCCCUCGAUAUGAGGUCAGACCAGAAAUGAAGGUGGGGACUUUUCUAUCAGUGCUGAUAAAUCAGCGCCUGGUUUUCCUUCACUUUCAGCACUCUUUUGUCUGCUGUAAUAGUAGCCUUGUCUUUCAAGGGAGCCCAGAGACCUUGGCUUUUCAUCUGGGUCAUGUCAUUGACUGAUAGACUCUGCUCUGGCAAGACUACGUUUGUGUGUGUGUGUGUGUGUGUGUGUGUGUGUGUGUCUGGCCGCAGAGUAAAUCUACUGGUCAUUCUUUUUUGUGGUGCUAAGUAGCCAACCGUAUUGGAAAAGGUAGACACAAGGCAGACACUAGCAACACAAUAACCCCCCAUGCAAGCAAGCAAGUGCUGCUGAAUGCUUUUCAGUGUUUGACAAAUGUGAAACAUCAAAGUCAUAACCAGCCUGCAUUUAUCCUGCAUCUCUGCAGACAGCCCUCUCUUAAAUGUCACUUGAGUGGAAGCAGAAAAAACACCAAAUUCCUUUUGGCAUUUGUCUGAAAUAACAUGAGUAGUUCUGCAUGCCUGCAAUUAAAAACUGGGCUUCUAUUAUGUUUUUUUUUUUUUUAAAUCAGUGUGUACUCGAGACAAAGCUAGCAGCGCACCCAAACAAAGCCGAUUCAACAGUCAUGUGCCUGAGUCUGGAUUGAGCUUGUCUUAAAGCCUACAGGCAUGAGGGAAAUAAGCAAAUAAGUAGAUAUCUUAAAUUAUUCUUUUUUAACUUAACGGCGGGCUCGGGGAUAUUAACCCUUUAUUCUGGCGGUGCGGCGCAAUGAUAAGCCACCUGGACAAGAGCACGCGCAAUUGCGGCUGUGCAAAUGUGAUCACUUCUGCCAAUUCAUUGCUGUGGACUAGUUGCUCACACAGUACAUCACCCAUGGAUGAAUAAUACACACAGACACACACACAUAGGAUUUUUGUGUGUUUGAAAAGCCAUUUUGCCUCAUAUGGCAACCCUAAAUGUCUGACUGCAAGUAAAGAACCAGUUCUCUUUACACUUUGACCUUUGUAACAUUAACACAGCUACAUGUUGGGUCCCAUGUUGAUUCUCUCUGACUUUAAAUGAGUCAGAUGCAUGCAAGAUGCAUCACAUUAACAGUAUUUUAUAGCAGCGGGUAUGAAAAAUAUGCUUGUGUUUUCUUUUUUGCUUCUUUUCUGUCAACAGAAUACAUGGUCUCAUAUUGGCUGGUUAAAUUGCUCAAGAGACAUUUUACAAGACAGAACAACACAUCUUCCUAAAGUUUUCUGAAAUUGCAACCAGCUUCAGAAAUGUCUAGAAUAGUUUGUAAAAGGGAUAUGUAUCAGUAACAUAUUUUUUGUUCUGUCUCAUUUAAGGAAGAAUCUGUCUCACAGAGCCUGAUAGGAACUGCCCCAUUUCUCUUUGUAUAUGUGUGUGUAUGUGUGUGUGUGUGUGUGUGUGUACGGGUUUGUUUGACAAAGACUGGAGGACAGCCCAUCUCCCAGAUACUGCACACUCAGAAAGAGAGAGAGAGAGACUUGUUACACUCCUCCUCAGGGAUUUGCUUCUCCCCAGGGGGGCUGAGGGAAAGGACCUGCUGCCCACACUGCUGAAUGUGAGAGACAGGAAGAGAGGAGUGAAUGGAAGGGCAGAAUAAACGAGUGAGGAGUAAGAGGCUGGGGUCAUUUGACGGGGUUUAGUUUCCGCUGGCAUCGAGCAUGCCUCGCUGGCAGGUUCUGGCCAUCGGUGCUACCUGCGUACUGAUCUGCUUCCAAACGGACUCGGUGGUGGAGGAGGAGCCACUCCUUCGAGCUCUAGCUUUAGGCCGGAGGCAGCGCCUGCCCCAGCCCACGCCGCUCACUCAGCCAUGGGGCCGGUCUGCUGUAAACCGGACAGACUGAAGAAACAACAUCUCCAAGGCGGAACAGGAGAGAAGGAUCGGGCACCCAUCAGCCAUGAAUCCUUCCUGCUCAUGGCAAACUCCCAGAGCGAUAUGGACGACUGGGUCAAGGCCAUACGGCGGGUCAUCUGGGCACCAUUUGGAGGAGGGAUAUUUGGCCAGCGUCUAGAGGACACAGUGCAGUACGAGAAGAAGUUUGGCCCCCGCCUUGCACCCCUGCUGGUUGAGCAGUGUGUGGACUUUAUCAGAGAGAGGGGUCUGGAUGAGGAAGGUCUCUUUCGAAUGCCAGGACAGGCCAACCUGGUCAGGGAGCUGCAGGAGGCCUUCGACUGUGGGGACAAGCCCCUGUUUGACAGUAACACAGACGUCCACACAGUGGCAUCCUUGCUGAAGUUGUACCUGCGAGAGCUGCCUGAACCAGUUAUCCCCUUCUCCAAAUAUGAAGACUUUCUAACCUGUGCGCAGCUUUUGGCCAAAGAUGAGGAGAAGGGAGUCCAGGAGCUUGGAAAGCAAGUUAGCACUCUACCUCUACCGAACUACAACCUCCUCAAGUACAUAUGCAAAUUCCUUGAUGAGGUCCAGUCCCACUGUAAUGAGAACAAGAUGAGUGUCCAGAACCUUGCCACAGUAUUUGGACCUAACAUCCUUAGACCGAAGAUGGAGGACCCAGUCACUAUCAUGGAAGGAACUUCUCUUGUCCAGCACCUGAUGACAGUCCUCAUCAGGGAACACAACCGUUUGUACUCAGGGAGGGAACAGGAGGGGCCAGCUCUACCCCAAACUGAGAUCCCCAUCCAAGGGCAUCAUCUCCAACACCGCAGCCUGGGAGCCUGGAUCUCUGAAGAGGACCUUCAGAGUUGCCCCGUCUCCAACCCAGACCAAGAUCUGCACAGCAGUGCCUCAUCCCUGGACGCCAAGCUGUGCGCAGCCGUCAGUCCCACUCAGACCCCUAACCCAAACCCUGGACCAAAACUUGGGUCUUCAUCGGGAAAGGGUGAGACGGUAAUCAGUCCGAGUAAACAAGCCAAGACCAUGCCUUCCUGGAAAUAUUCCUUCAAAAGCUCUUCAGCGCCUCGUUCCCAGCCGCAAGCUAAGCAAACCAGCAGCAGUGGCUCCGCAGCAGAUACAACCAGUCUGUCUUCUGGUGGUGGAGGAGGUGGAAGCGGGGGCAACUGGCUUAUGAACGGUUUGUCCUCCUUGAGGGGACACCGGCGCACAUCUUCAGGGGAACGGUCCACCCGUGACCGUGACUCCACUGGCUCGUCCCAGAGGCUGUCCACGUAUGACAAUGUGACCUCCUCCUCUAGCAUGGGGAGCGUUCCAAGUGUAUCCAGCACACCGUGGUCCACGUCCUCCUGUGAAAUAUCUGUCCCGGACUCAGCAAGCGAGCCCCCGGUGCACCAGAACUGUGGAGGUGUGGUGGAAGGUGGAGAAAGCCACAGAGAGAUUAACAAAGAAAGGGAUGGAGGGAUGACAACAGACGCGAGCUCCGAGCAGGACAGUUGCGAGGCCAUGGAGCUGUGCAGCAGCAGCGCAGCCUGCAGUGAAAAUGGAAACGUGGCCACGGCAGCUGGGGUGCCGUCCAUUAUCAUGUCCGAAGAUGGAGAUGGGGAAAAACUAACACUAAGCAGCCUGGUAGAGGGACUGAAAGACGAGCUGAGAAAACAGAAGACUACAUAUGAGGCCAGGAUCCAAAAAUUGGAAGAGUCUAGUGCUGCUCUGUGUGCCCAGAUGGAGCGUUUGGAACAGGAGAUGGAGCAGGAGAGGAAGAAGCAGCGCAUGCUGGAGAUAAAACUCAGAAACUCUGAGCGGGCACGGGAGGAUGCGGAGAAUCGCAACCGCCUCUUGGAAAAGGAAAUGGAGGAUUUUUUUGCCACGCUGGGCGAUCUGGCCCUUGGUGCAAGGACUAGUGACCUUUGAUACACGGCCUCUCAUCUGUCUUGGGGUGGGGGUGGGGGGGGACAUUUUGUGGUAUGGGUCCUAACUCAAAAUAAGACUGAAAAUAGAAAAUAAAGAAAACCUACUUGUGCACAUUCAGGAAACGUUAAAAAGAUGCGUAGAGAUCAGAUAGAAAAUUCUGAAGGAAAUAAACUUUGACUGUUUUCUUUCUGAGGAUUAUCUCUACUAAACAGCAAGUGGUCUUGAUUUUGUUACGCAUGCUUCAAACUCAUUUUAAAAAGAUGGCCCUCCUGUGAUUACUGCAGAGGUUUGUCUUACAAAUGGAGUUCAGGUGCCUGGAUAUGAAUGGUGGAACAUAAUGUAACAAUUUAUGAAGUGGAUAGCACUGACUUCUUUAACCACUACUUUAAAAGGACAAUAACUGAAUGGAUUUUGUGUUAAAAGUGUGCAACUUAAGACAGCGGACUGCUGUCUAUCUGUAUGGGAUCUUAAAGCAGUAGCUUCACAUUUUGGGAAAUAGACUUAUUUGCUGUCUUGCAGAGUUAGAUGAGAAGUGUGAAACCAAUCUCAUGCCUGUAUGUCAAAGAAGGCGCCAAAGCUAAUAGCCAUUGAGCCUAGCUUAGGGGCACAAACACGAGGCUCUAGAACCAUUGGUAAAGAGCCAUCUUUUUAAGAAGUUUUUUUAAGCUAUUAGGCUAUUGAUUAUCAAAUGCAAAAGCCUACUGGGCUUAUGAACACAGCUUCAUAGUGAUUGUUUCAAAGUAGGCGUAAACAUGUUAAUAGGUAGCUAAGACAUAAAUAGCUAAUACCUUAGAGAUAUUUUCUUACACUUCACAGUUAUUCUGCUUUGUUGAUGAUUUUAAAAAAGGGAAAGUAAUUAGUUUUUGUUAGAUCAAAAUAUCAUUUUAGUAAUAAAAACUUAAAACCAACAAAGAAUCAUUAAUAGACAAAAGCUGUUAUGCAUGGUAUGGUAAAAGACUUUAAUUUACACCUGUUAGUAAUAAGUCAUUAUACACCUAACAGGUGGUGUUUCCUACGGAGCCCCGCAGGGGACAUGGGAGAAAAAAAAAUUAA